AGCAACCAUGGUAGUACUUACUUACCCAUCCACUAGUGGAGAGUGAGUGAGUGAGUGAGAGAGUGAACUCUGCUGUAGUACUAGUAAUAGCAGUAGCAAGAGCUAGCACUCAGCAGUGUGAAAGAAAACUUUCCCUUCAUCAACAAUGUUCCAAACAACCUGCAUUUUCCUAAUCUCACUACUUUGCUCCUUUUUCAACCAUGGAACAUCAAUGCUUAACCUCACACUCCCUGGUCAACAUCCAGACCCUGAAUCUGUUGCCUUAGAAGUUCACAGGAAAGUGAAUGUUUCAAUGUUAAGAAGAGAAAUGCUAUCAAUAUCAAACAAAGAGUUUUCAACAUCAUGUAUAACAGGAAACCCAAUAGACGAUUGUUGGAAAUGUGACACAGAUUGGGCCAACAAUCGUCAAAGGUUAGCAGAUUGUGCAAUAGGGUUUGGACAAAAUGCCAAAGGAGGAAAAGGUGGCAAAUUUUACAUUGUCACAGAUUCCUCAGACAAUGAUGCUGUGAAUCCUAAACCUGGUACUUUAAGAUAUGCAGUUAUACAAAAUGAACCACUUUGGAUUGUGUUUCCAAGUAACAUGAUGAUUAAGUUGUCUCAAGAGCUUAUUUUUAAUAGCUUCAAAACCAUUGAUGGUCGUGGUGCUGAUGUUCAUAUUGUUGGUGGUGGUUGCAUCACUCUUCAGUAUAUAAGUAAUGUUAUUAUACAUAACAUUCAUGUUCAUCAUUGUCAUCCCUCAGGUAACACUAACGUGCGUUCGAGUCCAGAACACUAUGGAUACAGAACAGAAUCAGACGGAGACGGAAUCUCAAUAUUCGGAUCAAAAGACAUAUGGAUAGACCAUUGCACACUCUCACGUUGCAAAGACGGUUUAAUAGACGUCGUUAUGGGUUCAACAGCAAUAACAAUCUCCAACAACCAUUUCUCACACCACAAUGAGGUUAUGUUACUAGGCCACAGUGACCACUACAAACCAGACUCAGCAAUGCAAGUAACAAUAGCAUUCAACCAUUUUGGUCAACAAUUAGUUCAGAGAAUGCCACGUUGCAGGCUCGGAUACAUCCACGUGGUCAACAAUGAUUUUACGAGAUGGGAGAUGUAUGCUAUUGGUGGAAGCGGGGGACCAACUAUUUUUAGUCAAGGUAACCGGUAUACGGCUCCUGAGGAUGUUGAUGCGAAGCAAGUGACGAAGAGGUUGGAUUCUGGUGACAGCGAAUGGACUUCGUGGAAUUGGAAAUCUGAAGGCGAUGUUAUGGCGAAUGGUGCUUUUUUUGUUGAUUCAGGUGAUAAGGGUGAAGGUAGUUUUCAGAAAGCUUAUAGUGUUGAUCCUAAAGCUGUUGAUCGGAUUUCUACUCUUACUAUGGCUGCUGGUGUUCUUGGUGUUGCUAGGGACAAUAAUCUAGGAAUGUGGACAAGAGCACCAAACGGUGGUGGUGAUUAUAGUAUGUCAUAUUCUGGAGAAGAAGAGUACACAGAUGACAUGUCAAAGAGUACAAUGUUGUUGACCCAUUCUCUUGUAACCCUUUUUGUUCCACUCUUAUGUUUCUUGUCCCUAACCAUAGAUCUUUAACAGCAAAACAACAAUUAAGCAUCUUCAAUUUUAUUGGUGCUAGCUGUUUAUGAUUGACUCUUAUUGAAAUUGAAUUAAAACUGCUCCUUAAGAUAAGGGCAAUGUUAAGGAUUUUUCUUCUUUUCCUC